AUGACAGGCAAACCCCGCGCGGAUCCGCGCUCGCAGAAGCGAGAGCGGAGUCUCGCUCCGCCGCAGGACGGCAACCCGACCUGCGACGACAGUCCGCCACCAGCGAGUGAACCUGCAGCAGCAACUGGAGACAGCCUUCCAACAUCUCGCUCUCCUUCUCUCUCGUCUCCUGUCUCGCCUCCUUUCUCCUCUCCUCUCUCGUCGGGUCCUCAGGGAUGCCAGUCCGCGGCAGGGGGCCUUCCGCAGAGGGCAGGGCUCGGCGACCACCUGUUGAUGCCUCCGCCGCCUCGUCUUCCCACGCCUCUGUUGAGAAAACGGAAGCAGCUGGGAGCGAAGGCCGGCAGCGGAGCGCCGACAGGAGCGGCUCAGGCGUCGCCUUCAGUUGAGAGUAAUUCAAUUUAUUCAAAUGCGAGUGGAAAGGAGGCGAAACCGUACCCUGAGGCUACACCUGGCGCGCCUCUCUCUUCUUCUCCGUCUUCGUCCUCGCGGCCCGCGGAGCCCACCAGCGAGAGGAAUCUUCUCUUCGGCGCAUACGAAGACGACGCGGAGCCCGAGCCGGCGCCUGCAGACGAGAGAGACGACGCACCCGCCGUUUCUUCUCUCCCCGCGGGUGCGGCCUCUGCGCUGCGCAUCAUUUCGAUGAAGAAGACAAAGCCUGAGGCGCAAGAGCGCGCAGGGGCAGGCGAGGCGGAUGCGGCUGCGCAGCCGCCCGAGGGGAGCUACGUACCUACGCCUACUGGCAAGUUGGCGGGCGCGGAGGAAAAGCUGGCGGAGUUCUUCAGGCAGCUGCACUUCAUCGAGAUGGCGACGGAUGAGCACGAGGAGCGCCAGCGCGUGAAGCGCCGCCGCGCGGGCGCGAGGGGAGGCAAAGCGGCCGCUGCUGGGAGUGAAGAAGAGUUCUUUUCUGACUCAGAUGAGGCGCUCGCGGCGUCGCUCGACAGCGAAGCGUCCAGCGCCGGAGAGACCUCGCCCGCAGACAGCGAAGAUGAGAAGGGAGAGACGCGCAAGCGGGCGCGCUACGACGACGAACUCCUCGAGGACAUCGUCGCGGCGGAGCUCGAGGCGCAAGCCUCGCAGCGGAGACGUGCACAGCGCGAGGAGAAAAUCGCAGCCCGCGCCGGCGGGGAGGCAGCUGGCGCAUGCGUCUGCAGCUGCAGCUGCGCGAUGUGCAAGUUCUGCGAAGACAAAGACCGCAGCGCCCGAGAGAGAAAAAACGGCGGCAAGGCCCUCGCGAAACAAGUCGAGGCGCUGCUGUGGGCGGUCGCCACGGAGCUCAGCAAGCUCGGGGCGUCCGCGGAGGCUUGGCGGAGGCGCAGCGAGGCCGCACUCGAAGUUCGACGUUUUGACUGGCAGGCAGGAGGCUUGGAUGGCGCGUUCUUCCUCGCGAAGCUCCACGAUCUGCGCGAAGAAAUCAAGGCCAAACUGCAAGAAGAAGAGCGGCGCGCAAAACUCCAGUCCAACAGGUCGGCCCUCGCGUCUGCGUUUCCGUACUCGAGUGCGGCGAACCUGAAGCGUCAACAAGAGGCCAGCGCGCCCCCUCCGUCCUCUUCUUCCGCUUCAUCUUCUUCUGCGUCGGCUUCCUCUGCUUCAUCUUCCUCCUCGUCUUCGUCUUCGAGUGUUGCUUCCGCGGGCCCUGUCUCCGCUUUCUCGUGUGUGCGGGCGAGUAUCUACGACCCGAGGCGCCUCGGAUUCUCUCCUGCGCGGCCCUCCGCCGCCCCAACGUCCCACAUUUCUUCCUCUUCCUCUUCUUCCUCCUCUUUGUCUUCUCCCUCUUUUUCCUCGUCGUCUCUCUCUUCUUCUGGAGCUCGCGCGUCGACGUUGUCUCGCGCCCCAGUUCCGGCGGCUCGCGCGUCGGGCGCCGCGGGCGCGUUGGGCUCGGGCGCCAGGCCCUUUUCGGCGGAGGCCGCGCGCGCGCCGCCGCCCGCUGAUCCGCCGCCACCUCUCCCCGUCUGCGAGGUCGAGGAAGACGCUGCAGAGACGCCCGAGGCUGCGGGCGACGACAAGCUGCUUCGUGGUGAACGCCUGCGCGAGUCCGAUGCGAGAAGCUCAGUCGACUUGUCCGCGCACGCGCUUCGGAUGGCGCUGAGGCUGCGUGGAGACAGUCGGGCGAGUUGCGCCGAUCUUAGCGGACGUUUCGCGUGGAGGGUGGUGCCUCUGGUCUGCGGCGCGCGCAAGGAAUGCGAAGGCCUCGAGAAAGAUGCAGCGAGCGGUGUGGAGGCCGGGGACGCCGAGGCGCCGACGCGCGAAGAGAAGGCCGCGAGUGCGCGCCCGCCGCGGAGGCCUGCAGACUCCGCGGCGGCGAGCGAGUCUCCGCGGCGGAAGACGACGGCUGGAGUCGCGAAUCCGCUCCUGAGGAAGAAAAUGCGACUCGUAGAGAGGUGGCGACGCACGCGCGAGCUCGAAGACGAAGAAGAAAAGCGACUGGAGCAGGAACGUGUGCAGCGCGAGCUCGAGAGAGAGCAACGCGAACGCCAAAAGCUCGAGGAGUGGAAGGAGCGACAGAUCGCCAGCGGCGAAGCGUCUCGAAACGCGAAUUUGAUCGAAGUGAAGGAAGACUGGCGUGCGAUAGUCGAGAAGAAUCGGCAACACGCCGAACUGUGA